CCAAAAGCAAAGUGGACUGGCUCCGAAUCCGUUUACCAGACAUAAUAGGAGACGGAAAAGUCGAGAGAGAAUUAUACAUUAGAAAACAGCCAACAGAAAGACGAUCAAGAUCAUAAAUACAUCAAUUUACAUACAAGAUAUAUAGUUUAUAUACAGAGAGAGAGAGAGAGACAGCACGAGCAAGAGAAGUCGUUGGUUCAUUCGGAAAAUGAACGGCGGCCCAUCUGGUUUCAACAACGCGCCGGUGACAAGGACGAUAAUAAUUGCGACUGCCCUUCUCACGAUCCUAUUUGGGAUUCAAGGUCGCUCCGGCAACGUUGGUUGGUCCUAUCAGGAUAUUUUCAAGAAACUUCAAAUAUGGAAGCUGAUAGCAUCAGUCUUUGCCUUUUCGUCCACACCAGAACUACUUUUUGGAAUUUAUCUGCUGUAUUACUUCCGUAUGUUUGAGAGACAAAUUGGUUCAAACAAAUAUUCUGUCUUUAUCUUGUUUUCUGUCAUCGUCUCUUUACUGCUCGAAAUCCUCGCACUAAAACUACUCAAAGAUCCCUCCUUGACCAUACUCACAUCAGGACCCUAUGGUCUUAUAUUUUCUUCGUUUAUACCCUUCUAUUUCGACAUUCCAGUUUCAACAAGGUUUCGAGUUUUCAGUCUCCACUUUUCUGACAAGACUUUUAUUUAUUUAGCUGGUCUUCAGCUUCUUCUGUCAUCCUGGAAAAAAUCUAUGUUACCUGGGAUCUGCGGUAUUCUUGCGGGUUUCAUGUAUCGCUUAAAUGUUCUUCAUGUUCGCAAGAUUAAGUUUCCCGAAUUUAUUGCCUCGUUCUUUUCGGGGCUUUCUUGGCCAUUCAGGGGUAGUACAUCACCCACUGCAGCAGCUAGGAAUAUCCUGGGAAGUUCACCAUUCCAAGCAAGUCAGGCAGUGGAGAGGAACUAUCCUGCAUCAUUGUCGUCUACAAUAGAGCCAGCUGAGGACUUGAUUGCCACACUGGUUUCUAUGGGGUUCGAGAGGAACCCAGCUAGGCAAGCACUGAUUCAUGCCGGAAAUGACAUUAAUGCCGCCACCAACAUCCUUCUCGAGUCACAGGCACAUUGAGCUGACAAUAACUUGGCUUUGGAGAACGAAAGGUGUACUCAAAUCAAGAUAUGUUCUCGUCUAUAGUUGAUUGACCGUUAACGCCCUUGGAGGCAUCGAUUUUAAUGUGUAUAGUUGUUUGAUCAUUCAGGUUAUUAACAAAUUGAACUUCUGAAUAUACAGAAUGUUGAUUUUAGAUUCUCACUUAUGUUUCA